GAAACGAAGUUUCUGCAAAACAAUUUAACCAUGUUUCUGUCAAGAUUUGUAGGGAGGACAGCUCUAUUGGCAGCUGCUAAAUCGGAAAGCUCAUCCGCCUUCUCCGCCGCCGCCGCAUCUAACCCUCUUGAGCAGUUUUUUGAGGCUGAUAGAAACCCCGAUGAUCAAAAGCCUGUCUACGGUCGAAGUUGGAAAGCUUCUGAACUGCGUCUGAGGUCCUGGGAUGAUCUCCAUAAGCUAUGGUAUGUUCUGUUGAAAGAGAAAAACAUGCUGAUGACACAACGACAGAUGCUUCAAGCCCAGAAUCUACGCUUUUCCAAUCCAGAACGCAUCCCCAAGGUGAGGAAGUCGAUGUGCCGUAUCAAGCAAGUACUUACAGAAAGAGCAAUUGAAGAUCCUGAUCCGAGGAGGACUGCAGAGAUGAAGAGGAUGAUAAAUGCUCUAUGAUAUUGUACUAAACUGCCUAUCACUUUUCUUGAAGCCUUCGAAUUGUUUUCUUGUGAGAUUUGAUGUUGCCUUACUGUUCUAUGUGUAGGAUUGCAUCCUUCCAUUAUUGAAUCAAACACAGUAGGUUUUUAGGGACAUUACUUGUCUGUCUUUGUCUGUUUUGGAUACGAACCACAUAAUCAAAAGGAAUGACCCAUUGGUGUGUAUUCAA